GGAAACACCAAUAACUCAAUUGCUGAAACUUAUUGCUAUUUGCGGGUAUUAAACAUCUCUUCGGCCUCAGAUUGAUUGCAAUGCUCCUUCUCCUUCAUUUCGUACUUCUGAUAGAUGUCAAAGAUUUUGCACUGACUGAAGGAAAUGUGAUCAUUCCUUUGUGCCAAAAAGGGUAUUUUCCCUGUGGAAAUAUGAGCAAGUGCCUGCCGCGUGCUUUUCACUGCGAUGGUGUGGAUGACUGUGGGAAUGGCGCUGAUGAAGAGAACUGUGGUGACGCUAGUGGAUGGGCAACCAUAUUUGGCACAGUCCAUGGAAGUGUUAACAAUGUGACAGUAACACAGGAGUGCUUUCUAAGCCAGUAUCCAGAACAUUGUGACUGCAAAGAAACUGAACUGGAAUGUGUAGAUGCUGACCUAAGGACCGUGCCCACCCUUUCCCACAAUGUGACGUUACUGUCUCUUAAGAAAAACAAAAUCCUCAGUCUUCCAGAUAAAGUUUUCAUCAAAUACACAGAACUCAAAAAGAUAUUUCUACAGUAUAAUUGCAUUAGACACAUAUCCAGGAAAGCAUUUUUUGGAUUAUAUAAUCUUCAAAUAUUGUAUCUCAACCACAACCACAUAACAAGUCUCAGACCUGGAGUAUUCGAAGACUUACAUCAGCUGACGUGGCUAAUUCUAGAUGACAAUCCAAUAACCAGAAUUUCACAACGGUUGUUUACUGGACUAAAUUCCUUGUUUUUCCUGUCUAUGGUUGACAACCACUUAGAAGCCCUUCCCAAGCAGAUGUGUGCCCAAAUGCCUCAACUUAACUGGAUGGACCUGGAAGGCAAUCGAAUAAAACGGCUCAGAAAUUCCACCUUCCUGUCGUGCAGUUCACUCACAGUGCUGUUUCUGCCUAGAAAUCAAAUUGAUUUUGUUCCAGAGAAGACAUUUUCUUCAUUAAAAAAUUUAGGAGAACUGGAUCUGUCUAGCAAUAAGAUAACAGAGCUGCCACCUCACCUUUUGAAAGACCUGAAGCUUCUACAGAAACUGAACCUGUCAUCCAAUCCUCUUUUGUAUCUCCACAAGAACCAGUUUGAAAGUCUUAAACAACUUCAGUCUCUAGACCUGGAAAGGAUAGAGAUUCCAAAUAUAAACACACGCAUGUUUCAACCCAUGAAGAAUCUUUCUCACAUUUAUUUCAAAAACUUUCGAUACUGCUCCUAUGCUCCCCAUGUCCGAAUAUGUAUGCCCUCGACUGACGGCAUUUCUUCAUUUGAGGACCUCUUGGCUAACAAUAUCCUCAGAGUGUUUGUCUGGGUUAUAGCUUUCAUUACCUGCUUUGGAAAUCUUUUUGUCAUUGGCAUGAGAUCUUUCAUUAAAGCCGAAAAUACAACUCACGCCCUGUCCAUCAAAGUCCUUUGUUGUGCCGACUGCUUGAUGGGUGUCUACCUGCUUUUCAUUGGCUUUUUUGAUAUGAGAUACCGAGGACAGUAUCAGAAGUAUGCCCUGCUGUGGAUGGAGAGCGUACAAUGCCGCCUCAUGGGCUUCCUGGCCAUGCUGUCUACCGAAGUCUCUGUCCUCCUGCUGACCUACCUGACUCUGGAGAAGUUCCUGGUCAUCGUGUUCCCCUUCAGUAACGUUCGCCCCGGAAGACGGCAGACUUCGCUCAGCCUCGGCUGCAUCUGGCUGGUGGGGUUUCUGAUAGCCGCGAUUCCUUUUUGGGAUGAGGAUUAUUUUGGAAACUUUUAUGGGCAAAAUGGAGUGUGUUUUCCACUUUAUCAUGACCAAACAGAAGAUAUUGGAAGCAAAGUGUAUUCUCUUGGAAUUUUUCUAGGUGUGAACUUGCUGGCUUUUCUCAUCAUUGCGUUUUCCUAUGUUACUAUGUUCUGUUCCAUUCAAAAAACCACCUUGCAGACCUCGGAAGUGAGAACUCACCUUGGAAGAGAGGUGGCUGUGGCAAAUCGUUUCUUUUUUAUAGUGUUCUCUGAUGCCAUCUGCUGGAUUCCUGUGUUUGUCGUUAAAAUCCUUUCCCUCUUCCAGGUGGAAAUACCAGGCACAAUCACUUCCUGGAUUGUGAUAUUUUUCCUCCCAGUCAACAGCGCCUUGAACCCAAUCCUCUACACUCUCACCACCAGUGUUUUUAAGGACAAGUUGAAACAGCUGCUUCACAAACAUCGGAGGAAAUCCAUCUUCAAGAUUAAAAAGAAGAGUUUAUCUACCUCCAUUGUGUGGACAGAUGACUCCUCUUCACUUAAACUUGGGAUUUUGAACAAAAUAACCCUUGGGGAGAAUGUAAUGAAACCAGUUUCCUAGUGAUGGUUUGGGGUCAGUGGACUUUUCAUGGGCUACCUAAAACAAGGAACAGCUUUGGGAAGAUGACGUCUGCAAUGCUUUCCAUCUUUACCAAGGGCAAAUCUUUGUGCACAGCAGGCAGAGCAGGUCUGGCACUACACUGCACCGGCAGGUAUACUCUCUAUCGGCUGUGCUGGGAGCUGCACCCAGGGGGUCACCUCACCCUUCUGUUCCUGAAAUGCACAGUGGAUCCAUGAACAGUGGGAUAUGCAAGCUGAUCUCUUGCUUGUCGUUGUACCAGCCUACCAAUGAAUGCCCACUCGUAGGCACUACACGGUCUGCUUUAGACAUCAAGUUGCACUGCCCAUAAAUUAGCAACAUUCACAACCACCAUGAUAACAUAAAUCUAACAUCUUUUUCCUUGCUUUUUCAAUAUCAAAUAAAACUGCCAGCAUCCUGCUGAAUUGAUAGCCAAGGAUUUCCAAGAUGUUCACCCACCCCAAGUCCUGAUGAAUGGAGGCCAGUGGGAUGGCAGCUUUAAGGCAGAACUUCACUCAGGACUUUGAAAAUGAACAGUUACCGUAUGGGACAUAUGACCAGAGAGGUACAAUGAGGAAGCCUAGUGCCACUCACCUUUUUGGCUUUUAUUUAAGGUCAGGAGGAAUAAGAUCUUCAAGCAAGAUGUUCCCUAUAGUUAGCCAGAGCACAAAAGAAAAUUGGGCACCUGCAACCACCAAAAACUAUAUUUGUGAGCAUGAUUUCUUUGGAGUAUCCCUGUUACUGGUGAGUUCUGCCGUCACAGAGUACACAGACAAGAAGUAUUAAAGGAGAUGCAAGAACAGUGGUUUGAGACCAUUUGCUUACGCAGAUAAAUUAUGAUUAUUUUUUGACAAAAAGGCCAGUAAGUUUAGAAUUGUCUUUUUGAAAAUGAGCAGUAUGUGUGAAGGUAUGGAUACUUUUUUAUACUGAAUGUUUGUAUGUGAAAAAAGAAUCUGGUUAAUAAAAUUAUAUUUUGCACUUGUCCAUAUAUUAUUUUAAGUUUCACAAAGACUGUGGAUAUGGUUUAUUGAUGGUUAAACAUGUUUCUCCUGUAAAAAACAUAGCUAGGAAAAAC